AUGAUCAAAAAAAUUCUUCAAUAUUUUUUUUCUGGAGCUUUGUCCUUGAUAAAAGACAAACUCUAUUUAGAAUUACAAAAUUUCAGUUUUAUUCAUAUUAAUACAUCUUCUGAAAAACAAAUGCCAUGGUUGAUUUUAGGUACAAGCAUAUUUUAUAUGAGUCCUACAAGAUUUCAAUAUUUUAAUAAAAUUGUUGCUUUAACGACUGACAAUGAAUCAGCAGCUAUGAUGGAACUGAAUUAUUCAACUUUAAAAGUUGCAACAGAUGCUUUUAUUCAAGAAUUACAAGAGUUGAGCAGUACUGGAAUGUGUAAGAUAACUAAAAAUCAAUGUGGAAAUAAGCAAAUUGAAUGGAAAUUAGUAAAGAGAUGA